ACAAGCAGCAACAUUGUACAUUUGCUCCAAAGGGAAGCAGCGGGCAGAAUCAGCGGAUUAUUUGAGCACUUUGCGCCACCUUGCGAUCGAUCUGCUGCCUCUGCCGAGCACAUCUGUCACAAAAUGGUGUCCCUAAUUCACACUCUUCGACAUCACACGGACGAGGUCAGCUGCUGCGCCUUUUCUCCGGCUCUCCUUGCGACCUGCUCCGGCGACAAAACGCUUCGCCUUUACGACGCGGCGGACUUCUCCGAGCUGCCGUUCUCUCCUCUGACGGGUCACGGCUACGGGGUCCACUGCUGCUGCUUCAGCUCCUGUGGCCGCCACCUGCUCAGCUGCUCCACGGACGGUUGCAUCAUGGUGUGGAGCCCGGAGACAGGUGAGGUGGCCGCGGAGCUGCAGCACCCGGGCCGCAGUCCGCUCCGAGUGUGCGCACUGGCGCCGGACUCCUCCCUCCUGCUGGCCGGGGCCUGCGAUGGCACCGUGGCCCUCUGGGACUUCACCUCCAAGAGUCUGCUCAGAUGCAGCGCAGUAAGCGAGGCUAGUGUUGUGGCUUGCUGCUUCUCUCCGUGUGGUCAGAUGUUUGUGACCGGCUGCACCCACGGAGACCUUAAAAUCUGGGAUGUGGACGUCAGCCUUCUGCACCGUGAGAAAGACGCCCAUGACCUGGGAGUCACCUGCUGCAGCUUCGCACCCCAGUUCAAAGUUGAUGGCUGCUGUGUGGAGUUUCGACUGGCCUCCUGUGGGCAGGACAGCCAGCUGAAAAUAUGGAUUGUUUCCCAGCGUGAAGGAGCAGCCUAUGUCAUGACGUUGCUUCACGCUCUCACCGCCCAGUCGGCUCCAGUUCUGUCCUGUGCUUACUCCUCUGACGGAGAUUUGGUCGUCUCGGGCUCCGUGGAUAAAAGUGUUGCAAUAUAUGAUGCGAACCUGGGAACCCUGCUCCACACUUUGAAACAACAUGACAGGUAUGUGACUGCCGUCGCCGUGUCUCCCACCUCUCCUUGGAUCGCAACCGGCUCCAUGGACCGAUCGGUGAACGUGUGGAGAAUUGGAGAUGGAGACGGGAUAACGGCAGCAGCCGAAUCAAAGCAGACAGUGUGCCAAGGAAAGAAGUUGCCGGGUCACUCCAGGCUGCUGCCCCCCGAUUGGUCCGAGGAGGAUGUGCAGAGUUGGUUGAGCGAGGAAGGACUGGAGGAGCUCGUCAGUAUCUUUAAAGCCAACAACAUCGACGGACCAGAGCUUAUCCAGCUGAACAAGGAAACAGCAGCCGAGAUGGGAAUCGAGUCUGUGGGCCUCCGUGGUCGUCUCCUGAGGAAAGUCGACGCCCUGAAGGCAGAGCACAGCGGCUCUGGAGCCCCAGAUGAAUUUCUGUGUCCAAUCACCAGAGAGUUGAUGAAGGAUCCAGUCAUUGCUGCAGAUGGGUAUUCCUAUGAGCGAGAAUCUAUCGAGAGCUGGAUCCGAGGCAAGAACAAAACCAGCCCGAUGACGAACCUGCUCCUACAGACGACGCUCCUCACCCCCAACAGAUCUCUGAAGAUGGCAAUAACAAGAUGGAAGUCGAGCCAGUAGCUCUAAUGGCUCAAUUGUCUGAACUGAAAAAUGUACAGGACACCAGGUCCUCAUCCGAUUGCAAGUUAUUACCGUUUUAUUCAAGAUGUCACAUAAUCAAAACCUGACAUUUCACAUAGUUCUGUUUAGCCAAAUGUUUGCAGAUGUAAGUAUUUAACCCUCCUGUUGUCUUCAUUUACAGGCACCAAAAAAUAUUGUUUCCUUGUCUGAAAAAAAUCCAGAAAUUCAGCAAAAAAAUCCCCAAAUUUCAGAAAAUGUUCAAAAUCUUCAAGAAGAAAAUUACUUAAGUUUCCCUUAAAAGUUUUAUUUUAAAAAAAUCCCCCAAAUUUGGCAAGAUAAUUCUUGUAAAUAUUUUCAAAAAAAUAGCAAAAAUCUUCCUAAAAAUUCUGAAAAUAUCUAAAGUGAUUACAUACAUAUCAGUAAAACUUCUAAUAUUUUAAGAACAUUCACAAAAAAGAAAAAUCAACAAAAAUCCAGCGAGUCCUGCGGGUCAAAAUUGGCCCAUUUUAAAAUGUGAAAAUGUGGGGGGAAAAAAAAAAAAAUUCACAUUGAAACUUCUGAUGUCCACAUUUUCAACAUUUUUGGGAAAUCUUUGAACAUUUUUGGUGGAAAAAAAAUGUUAAAUGUUUCUUAAGAACAUUCACAUAAAAAUCUUUUUUGGGAAUGUUAAGAGAACAUCAGAAGUUUUACUGAUAAAAAUGUGAUCACUUUAGAUAUUUUUAGGAUUUUUGGUGAAGAUUUUUACAAAGUUGUUGGAAAAUAUUUCAAGAAUUUUCUUGCCAAAUUUGGGGGAUUUUUUACCAAUAAAACUUUGAAGGGAAACUUUUAAAGAAUUAUUGGAAUUUUCUUCCUGAAGGUUUUGCAAAUUUUCAGAAAUUUGGGGAUUUUUUGGCAGAAUUUUUGGAUUUUUUUCAGACAAGGAAACAGUAUUUUUUGGUGCUCGUAAAUGAGGACAACAGGAGGGUUAAACCUGCAGUGUGGAACUUUUCUGUCCCAUCCGAUAAUGAGAUUAAUUACAACAAACUGUCAAUAUAUGUCUAUGAUGCUUCCUACCUUUUCCCACCACAGGCUCCAUCAUACUACUAGUUGCCAUAACCAUCUCUGGAAAACCAAUUAUGGACAGUCACCAUGAAACUCAUCGCUAUGGGACACCAGUUAUAAAAUACCACAUCACUGUGAAGUAAAGAGUUUCACGUGGCUCUGAGGGGCUUCAUCAGCAGUGUGUGAAGUCGUUUGGAAAAGACUUGAAUGUAACAGACGUUUAUGUCGAAGUCCUGCACUCCAGCUUUAACUUAAUCAGCUUUUAAAAGAAAAGUCAAGAGUUUUUCCUCAGUGGGUCUUUUAUUUCUCUCUCCCAUGGUGGCUAUGGCAGUAAUGUUCUAUUACAGUAUGUGAUCACAGCUAAUAAAGCUCACAAUACUGAAAACAUGGCAACAAUUGCAUUUAACGUACAUAAUAAAAUAGAGCGGAUGGCACUGUGCCCCAAAACCA